GUCGUCGACGAGAUGCGCGCCGGCGAGCUCUCCGAGGAGACCCACAGCUAUAUCUCCACGGCGGACACGUUGAAGGCUGGAAAGUUUGUCAACGCCACCGUCGUCGUGGCUAACAAGUACCAGAUCAACAAGGACUGGGCGAAGGCUUGUGCUCGAGACGCACAAGUCUGCGACAAGGAGAUCCGCCGGCUGCAGUACCGCGACAUGGACCCGGAAGGCCUGUGCGGCAUGGUCCCGCUGGCCAUCAGCAUGCCCGUGGUACCUGGGCCGCUCGCAGAAGUCGCUCCUGACGGGUACGUUAAGUUCGAGGGCGCCGACUGGAGGCUAGACGGAGCGACUGAGUCCGGACGGCGUCGAAUACUGCCGGUCACGCGAACCUGGAAGCUUGACAGAACAAGGAAGCCUGCUGUGCUCAAGGUAAACAGGAAGCAGAUUCCGCUCGUCCCGGCCUGCGCCAUCACGGCCCAUGCCAGGCAGGGCAAGACGCUGCUGCCCGACCGCACUAGAGCCGUCAUGCUGGAUCUGAACAUGGACUCCAAGACACACGCGGCCUACGGCACCGUGGUGGCCAAUCG